UCCUAAGUGCAGAACUCUGCACUUGUCCUUGUUGAACCUCAUCAGAUUUCUUUUGGCCCAAUCCUCCAAUUUGUCUAGGUCCCUCUGUAUCCUAUCCCUACCCUCCAGAAAUGGGCCACCAGAAAUCAUGUGGGGUUACCCAUUAUUUCUGGACUGCAAAGAGCUGAGAAGUUGACCCCCUUUUCUCAUAUAAACAACCACCUCUCAAAGUUGCAAUAUAUUUUGAGAUUCUCAUGGAAGUCCAUUCCAGGUGUUGUGCAAUAGCAAUUCUGGGUGUGGGUCAGAGUGUAAAAACCUGUUCUGUGUAUUCAAAAGCCCAAUUCAUUUUGGUCAAACUUCUAGAAACCCUUUUCUCUUUGUAUUUUGGGAGAGUGACGGUCCAUUCUAGAUGUUUCAGCCUGAUGGAAAGGCUUCUUGUGCUGUUUCUAGAUUCCUCAUAAACUGAUUAAAGUGGCUUUGAUUCUUUCAUUGAGGUUAGAUAUGUGGAAAGCCCAUUCGGGGUAUUUUGCAGUGCUGAGUCUCCAGGUAGUUCCAGGUUAUGGAAAGCCCAUUAAGUACUGGAAACUCCUCUCUGAGUAUUUCAUUGUUACAAAAGAGCUGUUUUAGUAGCAGUGAAUUCUCUGCCCCAAAACGGCAGAAAUCAGAAAUACAAUGGCAGUUUUCUGAUUUUUUUCUGUUCCUUAAUUCUUGGGCAAGGUCUGAUCAACUGCUAUUUUGUUUGUGAACCUGAAAAACAGGCGCUUUUGUGAAAUGUCCAAUGUAAUAUAAACUAUUCAGAUCUGUUCCAGCUUCAUUCAAAAAUAUUCUUAUGAAAAUAUGUUAUGUACAAUGGUCACAUGUAUUACUGGUGAGAUGUGUGCACUACUGGAAAAUCCUGACAGGACAGCGGUCUUAGGGAGAUUAUCCCAGUCUCUCCAUAUUCAGUCAACUUGUCUUUUGAAUGUUCCUCACAAAUUGUGAAUUAAUUAGGAGAUUAUUUGCAAUGAAAGUUUAAUUUUAAUAAUGGCAACCACCUGAGGCUCUCUGUGCUCUUGUCGGACUUCUGAGAUUUCCUCCCAUUAUUGCUCAAUAUAUUUGUCUAACCUCUUCUGUCACAGCCAUCAUCCUGUAGUUCAAAAUUGAUGGGGCUCCAAGACAGUGUCAGUCAAUGCCACAACUUAUGGAAAGUGGCGAGCCAAUGGCAUGACCCAUUUUGUCUUGCAAAAGAGGAAGUGCAAAAUACCAAUUAGUAUUUUUCUUUCAAAUUGUUCUCCAGUUGUCCUACAGCACUGACUUUUAAUUGCAUAGGUUGGCUUUCUUGGCUUGGCAACGGAGGGGUGAUCUUCAUCAUGUACAACCAACGACAUUCCCUGGACCCUCAGGACUAUCUCACCUUCAAUCUUGCUGUCUCAGAUGCAGGCAUUUCCCUCUUCGGCUAUUCAAGGGGCAUUCUAGAGCUGUUUAAUGUUCUUAGAGAUGAUGGCUUUCUAAUCACUUCAGUAUGGACAUGCAAGGUGGAUGGAUUUAUAAUACUCUUUUUUGGUCUAAUCAGUAUUAAUACUCUGACAGCCAUCAGUGUCAUCAGAUACAUUAAAGGAUGCCAGCUUCACCAAGCUCACAAAAUUGAUAGAAAAAAUAUUACAUUAACCAUGAUUGUGAUAUGGGCAACUGCUCUUUUCUGGGCCAGUGCACCACUUCUAGGGUGGGGUAGCUAUACAGACCACAAAUAUGGAACAUGUGAAAUAGACUGGAUCAAGGCAACAUUUUCUGUUGUCUAUAAGUCCUAUGUGAUUGGAGUCUUUAUAUUUGGCUUCUUUAUUCCUGUCUCCGUCAUGGUUUUCUGUUAUGUGUCCAUAAUAAAGACUGUUAAAUCAAGUCACAAGACCACAAGAGGUAAAAAAAUUAGCCAAAGGCAGCGGCUCAUGAAACGAAAUAUUACACAGGUGUCAUUUGUAAUUUGUUUUGCCUUUUUCCUGGCAUGGUCUCCUUAUGCAGUAAUCUCUAUGUGGUCAGCAUGUGGGUUUCAAGUGCCAGUGCUCACCAAUGUCCUAGCCAGCCUUUUUGCCAAAUCUGCCAGUUUUUACAACCCACUCAUCUACAUGGGAAUGAGUUCUAAAUUCCGUAAGGACGUCAGAAACCUUUUCCAGUGUCUCAACCGAGACAAGGAUUCAGCCCUACAAAUGCCAGUACAGAUGUUCAAUCAAAGAAAUGAGGCAGCUAUCCUCCUAAAACCACAGAGAGAGUUUGUGUCCAAAGUUCCUGAGGCUGAAACACCAGGCUUAGACAUGGAUUCAGUGCCCAGAGACAAUCCAAACCCUGCAUUUUGUUCUCCUGUUUCUAAUCAACUUACCACUUUUGGAGUAAAAACAAUUCAAAGGAAACAAAGUGGAUCUGGCUGAUUUUGAUCUGGAGAAGGUGAAAUAAGGACUAUUUUUUUCUCUGAAGAUUAGAUUGCCACAGCAAACAACCUUUGUCUCUUGUCCUCAUCAGUCUGCUAAUAUUUCACAGAUGUUUACAAAUGUUCUCAUGUACAAUUUCCCAAUGACUAUAAAAAGCAUAGCAACACU